CUGCGAGUCGAUCGCGACGGGCGUGAAUAAACUUUCAUUGCUUUAUUACGGAACACAAUAAUUCUGUUGUGCAUUCGUGUACAAUGUGCGCCUGGAUAAGAGAGUCAAGUGUUUAUAUCUUGUAACUUGUGUAAUUUUCGUUUGCAAUCAAACAUUCCGUUGUAUAAACACAAAAUGGGUGCGAAACACAAGUUCAUGUUUUUAUUAUUUACUUUUCUCAUAAGUGAAUGUGUGCCUAGAUCUAUAGAGGAUGAGGAUGAGCCGUUCUUAACGAAUCCUAAAUACACGAAAUACGAAGAAAUGGUAAAGCUGUUUGAUAAGUUAGAAACCGCAUAUCCGGAAUUAGUAAAAGUUUACUCGAUUGGAAAGUCUGUUGAAGGACGCCGACUUCUAGUUAUACAGAUUAGUGAGAGUAUACACAAGAUUCAUCCAGAGCGGCCCUCGUUCAAGUAUGUCGCGAAUAUGCAUGGAGACGAGUCCGUGGGUCGAGAGCUGGUUAUUUACUUGGCUCAGUACUUGUUGCUCAAUUAUGGCAAAGAUGAUAGAAUAACGAAACUUGUUAACAGUACGGAUAUUCAUUUGAUGCCGACACUGAAUCCUGAUGGAUUUGAAGCCAGCAAAGAAGGUUCCUGCGAAUCUCCCAAUGAUUACAAAGGCAGGAACAACGCGAACGGCAUUGACCUGAACCGCGACUUCCCAGACCAGUACGAUAAGAACAAAUCGAAUGAUGAGGAGUACCUGUUCUGGGGCAGGCAGCCGGAGACUGCGGCCAUGAUGCGGUGGCUCAUGGAGAAACAGUUCACGCUGUCGGCUAAUUUACAUGGUGGAGCUGUGGUGGCCAGCUAUCCUUAUGAUUCUAGUUUGGACCAAGACUGUUGCGUCGAGAAUCGUGCGCCCGAUGACGUAAUUUUCAAACACUUGGCGAGCGUAUACGCAUCUAAACACGAAGAUAUGAAAGGGGGAAGUGCGUGCAAGCCGGAACAUUUUAAUAACGGUCUGACUAAUGGGGCUUAUUGGUACUCGGUUAAAGGCGGCAUGCAAGACUUCAACUACCUCCAUUCGAACUGUUUCGAAGUGACCUUCGAGCUUAGCUGCUGCAAAUAUCCCUUUGCCAAGGAACUGCCAAGGUUUUGGAGGGUUAAUAGAGAACCUCUGCUAGCAUUCAUGGAGCAAACCCAGAUGGGGGUUAGGGGCUUCGUGCUGGAUGAAGGAGGAAACCCUGUUAAGAAUGCACAAAUAAAAGUGGACGGGAUCAGUCAUACUGUAAGAACUACCAAAUAUGGAGCGUACUGGCGACUGUUAAUGCCGGGAGAAUAUAAUAUCACAACUAUUGCUGCUGGGUACUCGACCCCCCCACCAAUAACGAUAAAAGUGACCGACACACCGACACUCCUGAACCUGACGGUACACCGACACCCACGCACGCUGACCGACGAGGUUAAAAGAAAGGCGCGUCACACAAUCGACGGUCUCUCUUCGCCAGACUUCGUUCAUCACAACUACGAGAAGAUGGUGCAAUUCCUGAAGGAUCUCAAUGAAAAGUACCCGGAUAUAACCAGGCUGACAAGUAUAGGGAAGUCUGUGGAAGGGCGAGAUUUAUAUGUCCUGGAGGUGACGGAAAAUCCUGGAAAACAUAUACCCGGCAAACCCGAAUUCAAAUACGUAGCAAAUAUGCAUGGUAACGAAGUAGUAGGUCGUGAAAUGCUACUCCUAUUGGCCAAGUACCUCUGCCAGCAAUAUGUGAACAAAGAUGACAGGGUUCAGAAGAUUUUAAACUCUACCAGGAUUCAUAUAAUGCCAUCCAUGAACCCUGAUGGAUACGAACAUUCGAGGAUUAAAGACUACGGUAGCACACACGGACGGAACAACGGUCACGAUGUUGAUUUGAACAGAAACUUCCCCGAUCAGUUUGGAAUGACUCAAGAGAACAAGAUACAAGAGCCAGAAACGUUAGCGGUAAUGAACUGGUCCCUAACCAUACCGUUUGUACUGUCAGCCAAUCUGCAUGGCGGUUCUUUAGUUGCCAAUUACCCGUAUGAUGGGAAUGCGCUGAACCAGGAUGGGAUCAAGAAUCUCACCCCGGAUAAUGAUGUCUUCGUUCAUUUGGCGCAUGUUUAUUCUGAUACUCAUCACAAAAUGCAUCUCGGCCAACCGUGCUCUAGAGCGAGCCUCGAAAGAUUCCCCGAAGGAAUUGUAAAUGGUGCUGAAUGGUAUGUUCUAUCAGGUGGUAUGCAAGAUUGGAACUAUCUCCACACAAAUGACAUGGAAAUAACUUUAGAACUCGGCUGUUACAAGUUCCCGCCUGCAAGCGAUUUACCGUCUUACUGGGAAGAUAAUAAGGACGCACUUUUGGCGUUCAUUGAACAGGUGCACCACGGAGUCCACGGCUUCGUCCACAGUCACAUUGGUCACAGACUGGCCAACGUGACCAUCAGCGUGGCCGGCAUAAACCACAACGUGAAGACUGCCAAAGAUGGCGACUAUUGGCGGUUGCUGGUGCCCGGCAUGUAUAACAUCACCGCGAGUAAAGACGGAUACGAAAACAUAACAGAACAAGUGACAGUCCCGGCGAACGGUUCUGUCAGUCUCAACUUCACACUAAUGCCAGACGACCCGCAGCAUUGGUCAUCCGCGUACGACUUCCGAGUAUUAGAGAACAUAGUGAACACGCAGUACCACACGCCGCUAGAGAUGUACGCGGCACUCGCUGAGUUGGAGAAUAGAUUCCCGGAUAUAGCGGAAUUUCGAGCUGGUGAUAGUCUAAAAACGGCUACGUUACAUGAGUUGAAGAUUACUGAUGAUGCUGGAGCACCAGAAGAAGCGAAAUUCCACAUCGGAAUAAUUAGUAACCUCUAUGGUUCUCAGCCGCUAGGUCAAGAAAUGCUCCUAAACUUCGCCCGACAUCUCUCCACUGCAUAUCAAAUUGGGGAGCCAAUUCACAGGCGGUUACUCAAAAACGCUGUAUUCCACUUUAUACCAAACUUAGAUCCCCUUUACGAAAAAGUCCUGAAAUCCUUCGACGGAACAGAAAAGUGUGACGUGGAAGUAUUGGAAGAAGAAUUUGGUGACAGUGUCUACAAUUACCUUACUAAGAAGGAUCCCAAUCCACUAUCGAAUUACACAAGAGAGAAGGCGUUCAUCAGUCUCCUGCAAAGCGAGAAGUUCGAUUUAGUUCUAGAACUUUCCUCUGGGACGGAGGAUGUCGCUUUUCCAGAAUAUUCCAAGAAUAUAAACGAGAAAUUCGCUCAGAAGUAUAGAGAUAAUAGGGCAUUUGUGGACAGAUAUGAAUGUAAAACUAGAAAUAAUGUAGUUCAUGGGAAUUUGAUAGAUUUGUUGUUCGAAAGAUUCAAUACUCCAGUGAUUUCUGUUGGGCUCAGUUGUUGUAAGAUGCCGUCGAAUAAGGACAUCGCUUGGGUGUGGAGAGAUAAUUUGAGGGGCAUUAUGAAGUUCAUCGAAUCUGCUAACACAGGUAUAACGGGGUACAUAAAGAACGAAGAAGGCGGUGCAAUGAGGGAAGCAAGUCUCGCUAUAGCGGGCACAUCUCGGCAGUACCGCGUGUCGGCCAACAUGGCGCUGUACCGCGCGCUGCUACCGGCCGGGGACUAUCGGGUUAUCGUGAGAUGCCAUGGGUAUCAUGAUCAGAUGUUACAAUGGCGAGUAGUGGAAGGAGUAGUUAAACAAAAGGACAUUAUAAUGAAGCGAAUAAACACUGAUCCGAUACCGGGACAGCUGGAGCCGAUACAGUUGCAGAAUGAUCCCGACCAGGUGUAUGUUACUGGUCUAGCUCUAGACCACAACAGUCUGCCCCUACCCACAGACCUGACGGUAUACCCGUUAGACUCCAAACGACCUCUAACCUCCAACACUACGGAUGCAAAUGGUCGAUUCGUGGUCACAUUACCCGUGACAUAUAUGGGACAUGAGGUCAGGAUUGUGGCAGAUAGCGAGGGGUAUAUACCGACUAGUCGCCAUAUUAAGAUAAGCAGCAGCGAGAACGUGACGCCAAACGUUCUGUUCAAACUGGAGCCCGAUGAUAAAGUACUGGGAAUGCCGCGACUUGUGUUUGUUAUGGUUGCAGGUAUCCUGGGCGUGUUCGUAGUGACGAUAGGCGCUUGGUGCUUCAGUUGUCGCGAAAGAAAGGACUCAAGACGGGAAUAUCUGUUCACACAACUACCGGCUGAUGAUAAGAGACCGCUGUGUGAUGAUGGAGCUUAUGAUAUUAUUCGGAAGCCGUAUUAUGAUGAAGAGGAUCUUCCACCGUCAGAAACGGACUCGGAAGAUGAAGUUGUGCUAUUGGAGAAAGAGUAAAUGGUUCUAGAAUAUUCUAUAAAAAGUACU